AUGACCAUGCUCGAAUUCAUAGGCGCAGCGACCCUAGCCAUCGCCGCCCUCGUGCUGCUGUACCUUCUUCUUGAUCGUGUCAUUUGUGCCCUGCCCGGCGUGCGAUCCCUCGAGGGAGCGGCCAUCGUCGUGACGGGCUGCGACUCCGGCAUUGGACGCUGCAUCGCCCUCCACCUGGCCAGAACACACAGAGCCCAUGUCUUUGCGGGAUGCCUCACGUCGUCAGGCGCUGACGCACUGCAAGCUGAAACCAGUGAAGGCCACCGUCUGAGCCCAUUUUUGAUGGACGUCACGAGCGACGCCAGUGUGGCGGCGGGGCUCGAUUUCGUGAAGGGCCGCCUGGAGGGUCGCCCGCUGUUCGCCGUCAUCAACAACGCGGGGAUAGCGAAGGGCAUGCUCGUCGAGUUCACAUCCAUGGAGGAGUACAAGGCCGUGAUGGACGUCAACUUGUUCGGCAUGAUCCGUGUCACGAAGGCAUUCUUGCCGCUGCUGGUGGAGGCGCGGGGGCGGAUUGUGAACAUCACCAGCUGUGCCGCCUUGGGUGCGGGCCCCGGGGGUUCUGCUUACGCGGCGUCCAAGUUCGCAGCAACCGCAUUCAGCGACUCGGCGCGCCGGGAGCUCCAGUCCCAGGGCGUCAAGGUGGUUCAGAUCCUGCCAGGAUUCCUGAAGACCGGUAUGACCCAGCCGGAGUACACGGAGAGCAUCAUCAAAGAGCCCUUCUAUCGCACUGAUGCUGCGAUACGGGAGCGGUAUGGGGGGGAGAGGCAGAUGACUGAGGUGGCGGAGUAUAUGAUCAAUAUGAUCAAGACGUUUGCUGUUGAGCCCGACAUCAUCAUGGGGCCCAUGCUCAAAGCGCUGCGGUGCAGGUACCCCAGACCGAGGUAUCUAUGUGGGAAGGGUGUACACUUCAUCUUCUAUCCGUACUCUCUUCUACCCACCAGGCUGCUCGACCACAUGAUGGCGGCUCCAUUUGUGGCCCGUGCCACUCCGGAAGUGGAUUGA